UCGCUGCACGAGUGGGGAGACCACCAGGGGGCUGUCGCCUUCCUCGACAAGAUCGUUGACUCCUGUCCGUGGGACUCGGACGUACGGGAGCUGCGCGCCGAUUGCCACGAGCGGAUGGGGAACCUGGGCAAAGCGAUCCAGGACCUGAAGCCGACGACGAAACUGCGGAACGACAACACGGCCGCUCACCUGCGCAUCAGCCGGCUGCACUACAGCCUGGGCGAGCAGGACGACUCGCUCACGGAGAUCCGCGAGUGCCUGAAGCUGGACCCGGACCACGCGGCGUGCCUGGCUCACUACCGCCAGGUCAAGAAGCUAAGUCGGCAGCUCGAGGCGGCCGAGAGCCUCAUCGCCGAAUCCAGGUACGAUGAGGCGGUGGCCAAGCUGGAGGCGGUCAAGAAGACGGAGGCUUCGGUGGCCGUGUACGCGGCACGCGCCGAUGAGCGCAUCUGUCACUGCCUCUCGAAGAGCGAGGAGCGGACGGCGGAUGCGGUGCGAGCGUGCAGCCUGGUGCUCGACCGCGAUCCAGACAACGUCGGCGCGCUGCGAGACCGCGCGGAGGCUCACAUCGCGAAUGAGGAAUACGAGGAAGCGGUGGCUGACUACGAGCGAGCGAGGGGGGUUGAUGAGUCAGCUCCGGGCGUGCGCGAGGGCCUGGACAAGGCCCAGAAGCUGCUCAAGCAGUCCCAGCGCCGGGACUACUACAAGAUCCUCGGGGUCAAGAGGUCUGCCAAGAAGCAGGAGAUCGUGAAGGCGUACCGCAAGCUGGCGCAGCAGUGGCACCCGGACAACUUCCAGUCGGAGUCCGAGAAAAAGAAAGCCGAGAAGCACUUUAUCGACAUCGCGGCGGCUAAGGAGGUCCUCACAGACCCCGAGAAGCGGAGCAAGUUCGACUCGGGAGAGGACCCCCUGGAUCCCGAAAGUCAACAGGGCGGUGGUGGCAACCCCUGGCAAAGGGGGGGCGGCGGGGGUGGCUGGCACCCUUUCCCGGGGGGCUUCAACCCCUUUGGUUCUGGAGGACCCCAAUUCAAGUUCCACUUCAACUGAGGACAGCGUCUGGGGGGGGGGGCCCCCCUUACGAUCAAACCGUACCCCCCCCACCACCACCGCCACCACCACCACGCGGUCAUCCGCUCCGAUCGACGCUCGGUGAAUCCGGUCCAGAUGUUGUCACCCCCCGCCCGCUCCACCCGCAUCCCCCCCACCCCCCUUCCCAUCUCUCCGGCUUUUCCACGAUUUUCUUUCACCGAUUCGCCCACCCACCACCCACUCACGCGUACACCACGCACAACACACACGCCAUACCACGCACACAUCACACACACCACACACACCACCCACCCCACACACACCACACCACACCACACACACCGCACACACCGCACACACCACGCACACACCACGCACACACCACGCACACACCACGCACACACCACACACACCACACACACCACCCCACGCGCACACCACACAUACCACACCACACACACCACACACACCACACACCACACACACACCACUCACACACCACACCACACACACCACACACCACACACCACACACACACCACACACACACACACACCACACACACCACACACUCCACCCACCCCACACCACACACCACACACACACCACACACACACCACACACCACCCACCCCACACCACACACACACCACACACCCACACACACACCACACACCACACACACCACCCACACCACCCACACACACCACACACACCACUUCACGUGGCCUCAACGUGCACCUGGCCUGGCACGGGCGUGCCGUGGUAACGUCACCGUCACUUAAAUUUGCCGGGCUACCGCCAUCGGUAGUGCGGUGGUAGUACCCGGGCAUCGGCCAGCGUCCCGCUCGCGGUCCUGGGCCUCCCCUAGGUCGACUCGGCCUCAAAUGAGUUCUCCGGCGCCUGCGUGCGUGCAUGCGUGUGUGUGUGCGUGUGUGUGCGUGUGUAUGUGUGCGUGCGUGCGCGUGCGUGCGUGUGUGUGCGUGUGUGUGCGUGUGUAUGUGUGCGUGCGUGCGCGUGCGUGCGUGUGUGUGCGUGUGUGCGUGUGUGUGUGUGCGUGUGUAUGUGUGCGUGCGUGUGUGUGUGUGUGUGUGCGUGCGUGUGUCGUAAACAUCGCCGUUGGGGUGUUGGCCACCCACCCCCUCGUGUGCCACAGUGCCGGCCUUCAUAGGCGCUGCAGCUCGCUACUCGCAGCACUUGCCCCGACAGCCUGUUGGAGGCUACGCGGGGGUCCUUUGUCUGUGUGUCUACAGGUGCUGCUUGCUACUCGCAGCACUUGCUCCUACAGCCUGUUGGGAGGCUACGCGGGGGACCUUUGUCUGUGUGUCUACAGGUGCUGCUUGCUACUCGCAGCACUUGCCCCUACAGCCUGUUGGAGGCUCCGCGGGGGACCUUUGUCUGUGUGUCUUCAGGUGCUGCUCGCUACUCGCAGCACUUGCCCCUACAGCCUGUUGAGGCUACACGGGUGGGGUGGAUCUUUUGUUUCUGGGUUGGCGUGCGGUUUCCUGUUUGGUUCGCGACCGAUUUUCUCACCUCUCGCUCUCUCCAUGAACACAGUUCUUGAGCUUUAAAACGAUCCUGUACCUUAAUUAUUCUUGGAUGGGGGCGAGGUUGUCGCUCACAAUUCUUUACCAGCACUGCGCACAGAAGGGGAGAGAGAGAGGUUAAAGAAGAGAAUAUGACGAUGGGAACGGCUCGCGACACAGCCGACCUUUGUAAAUAUUUCAAGUGCGACCCCUUUGGAGGUCAUCACGGAACAGAGGUCGCAAACGGGUUUUGAUUCCUUACCCGUACCCGUACCCGGCCGCACCAGGGUCGCAAACGGGUACCUGUACCCGUACCCUACCCGUACCCGGCCGGGUAUCGGGUAGGGUACAGGUAUCGGGUACCUGAUUGCGACCUCUGGGAUGAAGCCAUGUUGCAGGCGCGGGUGGGUUGAUUCUAGGAACUUGAAUUGUGAGAAGAGACAAGACGUUGGGAAAUGAGUGACAAACGGUGACUCACCAGUGACUCACGGCCUACCCGUACCCAGCCGUACCAGGGUCGCAAACGGGUACCCGUACCCGUACCCGGCCGGGUAGCCGGGUAUCGGGUAGGGUACGGGUAUCGGGUACCCGGUUGCGACCUCUGACGGGGAGUAAGGGCAGAUUUCUAAGCGGAAGAUGAUGACGACGACGACGACGGAGAAACGAAACCUCCACCAAACGCGAUGACUCCUUUGGACUCGCGCGAAUUCACGACAAGUCGUGGACUUCUAUGUUUGGGCCAGAAUUUGAAUGUUUAAUGGAGCUGUGGCAAGACCGUUGGUCUUCUUGAUUUGAAGCUUUCGUGACGACAGGAAUGCGUACUCUGGUUCUGUCGGUAAAGUCACGUGGGUAGAGAAAAGUGAAUUUCGAUUGAAAGCUUUCGUGACUGCAGGGAUUCAUCUUGUUGGUUCUUUCGGUAAAGUCACGUAGAAGGGAAAUAAAAUAAUAAAAAUAAAACAUUAAACUAUUCUCACGACGUUUCGGCAACAACGCAAGCAGCCAUCCUCAGGUGAAUGAAUAAUAUACUCUGCCAAGCUUGGUGGUGUUCAUUUAGACGCUGUCUUCCCGACAGACCUGUUCUUCACCUGAGGACGGCUGCUUGCGUUGUGGCCGAAACGUCGUGAGAAUUGUAUUUUAGUGCGUUUGAUUUUUAUUAUUUUAUUAUUUCCCUUCUACGUGACGACUUUACCGAAACAACCAAGAAGAUUGACAAAAGUAACGAAAGAAAACGCGACGUUUCGGCCGCAGCCACAAGCGUCCGUCUUCAGGUGAGAAAAAUGUAUCUGCAGAUAAUUUUCUCACCUGAAUCGGCAGACCGUUUUCUGCUGUUGUGGCUUCACAUAAAGCCACAACGCCAGAUAAUUUUCUCACCUGAAUUGGCAAAUCGUUUUCUGCUGUUGUGGCUUCAUAUUAAGCCGCAACGCCAGAUUAUUUUCUCACCUGAAUCGGCAGAUGAUUUUCUCUCGCCUGAAGACGGACGCUUGUGGCUGCGACCGAAACGUCGUGUGUUCUUUCGUUACUUUUGCCUGCCCGCGUGACUUUACCCAAAGAACCAGGAGCGUAUCGUUGUUGUUGGUUGUUGUUGUUGUUGUUGGUUGUUGUUGUUGGGCGACGUUAUUUGUCCCGGGCGACGCCGCGCUCAAAAACCCCGAAAACGGGUCGCGUCGCUCCGGGCGAUCCCGAACGCGCUCUACAGCGCAGUGGUUGCAAUAUCUUCACGACGGGUGAGGGGCGGGCGGUUGAGUGAUGCCCAUUGGCUGUGUGGCUGUGACGUCAUCCGCUUAGUGGUGAUGCGGGGGAGGGGGGGGGGGGUCGGGUUCUGUUGAUUGGUUGGUCGAUUGAUCGGUUGGUCGAUUGAUCAGUCGAUUGAUCGGUUGGUCGAUUGAUCGAUCAUUCGAUUUAUCAGUCGAUUGAUUGGUCCGGUCGAUUGAUCAGUCGAUUGAUCGGUUGGUCGAUUGAUCGAUCAUUCGAUUUAUCGGUCGAUUGCUUGGUCCGGUCGAUUGAUCAGUCGAUUGAUCGGUUGGUCGAUUGAUCGAUCAUUCGAUUUAUCGGUCGAUUGAUUGGUCGGUCGAUUGAUCAGUCGAUUGAUCGGUCGAUUGAUCGAUCAUUCGAUUGAUCGGUCGAUUGAUCGGUUGGUCGAUUGAUCGAUCAUUCGAUUUAUCGGUCGAUUGAUCGGUUGGUCGAUUGAUCGAUCAUUCGAUUUAUCGGUCGAUUGAUCAGGCCGGUCGGUCGAUCGAUCGGUAGCAUUCGCUCUUAAAUUCGUACCUAAUAUUUGUCGUGGUGUGUGUUUAUUUCGGCACGAGAGAUCUUGGGAAAUCCGCGUUUCUUUCUUUGAAUUGUCCAGGACCGCUGCUGGUGCACAUGGGGGGGGGUGCGGGGAGGGAGGGGGGCGAGAUUUCGCUGCGUAACAACUAAAUAUUAAGUUCCUGGCUAGUAAGCGUUGUUUCCCAAUUGCUUAUAUGCCUCAAAAGCACAGAAAGUGGCUAUCAUUCCCCCACAAACUUUGCUUCUGUGAGCAGGAGAGUGAUUUUUCGAUUUAAAGCUUUCGUGACUGCAGGGAUUCAUCUUCUUGGUUCUUUCAGGUAAAGUCACGUAGAAGGGAAGUAAUGAAAUAAUAAAAAUGAAACAUAAUAAAAUAAUUCUCACGACGUUUCGGCUACAACGCAAGCAGCCGUCUUCAGGUGAAGAAUGAGACACUGCCAAGCUAGGAGCUUGUAUAUAAGCUGGAUAGGAGGUGGAAGAGGAGCGCCUUAACAAAAGAAUGUGCAUAUGAAGAGGAAUUUAGCAUAUUCAUUCUUCACCUGAAGACGGCUGCUUGCGUUGUAGCCGAAACGUCGUGAGAAUUAUUUUAUUUAAUUAUGUUUUAUUUUUAUUGUUUAAUUACUUCCCUUCUACGUGACUUUACUGAAAGAACCAAGAACAGGAGAGUUAUAUUUAGAAAUGUACCUAUUUUCAGUGAGAAAAAGUGAUGUGCAUUCGUGUCUUUUGUGCACGCGAAGUCCCGCUUGCAAAAGCAAAGUUUGUGUUCUUAGUUUGUUGGGUAAAGUCACCAUGUAGGUAAAAAAAAAUGAAAUAAAAAUUAAUAAAAAAUAAAAUAAUAAAAAUCACGACGUUUCGGAGGCAACACAAGUCUCCGUCUGCUUGAUUCUGUCGGUCAAAGUCACGUAGAAUGUAAAUAAUAAAAUAAUGAAAAUUAAUCAUGCUAAAGUAAUUAUUUUAUUAUAAUAAAAAUAAAAUGUAAUAAAAUAAUUAUUUUAUUACGUUUCAGAUUUAUUUUGUUAUUAUUUUAUUACUUCCAUUCUACGUGACUUCACCGAAAGAACCAAGAAGAUUAAUUCCCUGCAGUCACGAAAGCUUUAAAUCGAAAUUUGUGUUCUUAGUUUUUUGGGUAAAGUCACCAUGUAGGUAAAAAAAAUGAAAUAAAAAUUUAUAAAAAAUAAAAUAAUACAAAAUCACGACGUUUCGGAGGCAACAAAUCAGGUGGGACCGUCACAGCCAGAUUUGCUGCAUCAAGUGAGGCAGGGAUUCCAAGAUGCAUUUUCUUAAAUACAAGUUUAGGGAGGAACUAAGAACUUGCAUCUUGAUGACACACGUGCGUUGCCUCCGAAACGUGAUUUUUAUUAAUUUCAAUUCCAAUUUUUUACCUACGUGACUUUACCAAAAAAACUCUAAAAGUAUGAAUCCUUGCAGUCACGAAAGCUUCAAAUCUACAAAGUUUUUUUGUGCUGGAAUAACAGCCACUUUCUCUACCUUUUUUGAGGCAUCAGCAAUUAGGAAAAUGACACUCGCUACCCAGGGGAACAGGACAUCAUCGUGUUGUAUCGCGUCAUCGAAAGCCUCUUGUGUGACUAUUAUUUCCCGAACCGGGAAAAAGAAAAAAAAAUCAAGAAAAAAAAAUUUGUCAUUAAAAAAAUAUAUUUGUUCAAAUCGACACACGGGGGCUGGGCUUGGUGAUGGUUGUUGUUGAAUAUUUAAACUUUAAACGGGGGGUGGAACAUCUAGAACAUUAAAACAACACGCAACACGCACGCGGCUUUAUCUAAUCGCGUUUGUGUUUCUCGUCUGUUUGGAGGGGUGGUGGUGGAGGAGGAGGAGGAUUGUUUAUUUUGUAAAAUAAAUACCA